AUGUUUAGAUCGUCACCUAGAAGAGGACAGAGAUCAAAAGGCUUCAAGGUGAAGCAUUGUAUACAAUUGACUCUGUUACUUGGUGUUGGGAUAUGGUUGCUUUAUCAAGUGAAGCAUUCUCAUGAGAAGAAGGCUCAGUUUGAGGAAAGUGCAAAGCUUGUUGGAGAGAAAGUGAUGAGACUCGGUAGGAAAGAUCUUAAUCCCAAAAUCGAGGAAGAAGCUGAGGUUGAAGGGAAGAGGAACGUGGAGGAUAGUUUCAAUGGUGUAGGAGAUUCGGGGAUUGAGAAAGAGAAUGAGAUUGGAGAGGUUGUAGAGGAGAAUAAGGAGAUUGAGAGUGAGAGAACGGAUUCAAACAGUGAAGAAACCGAGGUUGAGGCGAAGAAAGACACAGAAGAGGUUGAGGUUGAGGAGAAGAAAGACAAUGGUGGUAGUACUGAAGAGAGUGAGGUUGAGGAGAAGAAAGAGAAUGGUGGUGGAGAAGAGAGUGAGGUUGAGGAGAAGAAAGAAGAAAAUGGCGGUAGCACGGAAGAGAGUGAGAGCGAGGAGAAGAAAGAGAAUGGCGGUAGUACGGAAGAGAGUGAGAGUGAGGAGAAGAAAGACAAUGGCGGUACGGAAGAGAGCGAGGAGAGUAAAGAGAAGACGAAUAGCGCAGAAGCAAGAGAGAACAAUUACAAAGGAGAUGAUGCUUCUAGUGAGGUAGUCCAUGAGACGGAGGAAAAGACUGAGAACGUUGUUGAGAAGGUGGAGGAAGUGGAAGAAGACAAGUCGGAUCGAAAGACGGAAGAAGCGGAUGAUUCUGUAAUCAAGAGCGUUGUGUCUGAUAAUGGGGAAAGCAGCAGCGAUGAGAAGACUGGUUCUUCGUCCUCUGAUUCGUCGAGUGAGAUAAAAUCUGAGGGUGAGUCUAUGGAGAAGAAUGAGAAGGUGGAGAAGGAAGGGUUCAAUGAUUCUAAUGGCGACUUGACUACUGAGUCUAACAAGUCAUCGUCCAAUGCAACAGAGACUACAGAGUCUUCUGGAAAAGAUGAGUCAGAGUCUAGUGAAAAGACAGAGGAGAAAGAGAACGAAACAGAGAAAAUUGAGAAAAUUGAGAAAGAAGAAGAGACUUCGUCUCAAGAAGAAAGUAAAGAGAAAGAAUCUGAGGAGAAGGAGAAAGAAGAGUCAUCGUCUCAAGAGGAAACUAAAGACAAAGAAACUGAGGGAAAGGAGAAAGAAGAGUCUUCGUCUCAAGAGGAGACUAAAGACAAAGAAGGCGAGACAAAGGAGCAAGAAGAGUCUUCCUCCCAAGAGAAGAACGAAGAAAAAGCAACCGAGAAAAUUGAGAAAGAAGAGUCUUCUUCUCAAGACGAGACUCAAGAAAAAGAAACAGAGAAAAUUGAGAAAGAAGAGUCUUCUUCUCAAGAGGAAAACGAAGUCAAGGAAACAGAGAAGAUUGAGAAAGAAGAAGAGUCUUCGUCACAGGAGAAGAACGAUGACAAAGAAACCGAGACAAAGGAGAAAGAGGAAGAGUCUUCUUCUUCCCAAGAGGAUACUAAAGACAAAGAAACCGAGACAAAGGAGAAGAAAGAGGAAGAGUCUUCUUCUUACCAAGAGGAUACUAAAGACAAAGAAACCGAGACAAAGGAGAAAGAAGAAGAGUCUUCAUCCCAAGAGAAGAAUGAAGACAAGGAAACAGAGAAAAUUGAGAAAGAAGAGUCUUCAUCCAACGAUUCACAGGGAAAUGAAAGUAGUGAGGCUGAGAAGAAGGAAGAGGUUGAAGAAAAGAAGACUUAUGAAGACACAACAAGUGUAUCUACUGAUACUGAACAAAAGAAACCAGAGGAUACUUCAGAAACAGAGCCAGAGAAAGAGGAAAGCAACAAGAAUGGUGAGACAGAGGUGACACAGAACGAUCAAGAACAGUCUGAUUCUUCUUCUGACAAUAACCUUCCUCAAGAAGUAAAAGAUGUUCGUACUGAUCUUGAUACUUUGCCGGAUUCUGGCAAUGGAGGAACCAGUGAGAGCGUUGCAGCUGAGUAA